AUGGUGGUGUUAAUUUCUAGAGAUGAGAAAAGAGGUCUUAAAGCUCUUGAAAGUCUAAAACACUCUGGUCUCUCGGAUUAUCUAGUUUUUCACCAGCUCGAUGUAGCAGACCCUGAAAGCAUUGCUUUUCUGGCAGAUUUUGUGAAGAAACAAUUUGGGAAGUUGGAUAUCUUGGUUAACAAUGCUGCGAUAUUAGGUGCAACAUUUUUUAUUGCUCCUGGUAUUGAGGUAAAUUCGCGUGAUAUAUGGAGUAAAGCAACUGAUGAAAAUUAUGAGUUAGCUAAAAAAUGCAUAGAAAUAAACUACUAUGGUGCUAAAAUAAUUGUUGAAGCACUUAUUCCAUUGCUGCAACUAUCCGACUUACCAAGGAUCGUAAAUGUUUCCUCCUCUGUAGUCAUGCUGAAGGUAGAAUCCUGA